AUGGCGGCACUCAGUCGAGUGGUGGCACGGUUCAACAUCUGCAGCGACGUAUCUGGUGAAGCUGACUUUUAUGUGGGCACCGUGCCCUUCAUGGUUGAGGGGGCUACGACUACCCCUUCAUUCAACCCUUCGUCUGCUGGACUCUCUCCCAACCCCACUGCCCAAUAUCCUGCACCUAUGGGAUUUCCUGCCAUCCCAAACACUCCAAGAUAUCCAGCUCCCGGAUGUCCUGCGCCUCCUGAAAAUUCCACUCCUUCAGGAUUUCCUGCUCCUGGAUAUCCUGCGCCUCCUGAAAAUUCCGCUCCUCCAGGAUAUCCUGCUCCUGGCGUGGCUGUGGUUUAUCCAUCUCCAUGUGAUCCAUCUGAUCCAAUGGCUCCAACUCUUGUAGCAGAUCCUAACAAUCCUUCCGCGUAUCCCGAGAAGGAUCCAUUCCUACAAGGGGCUUCCAGUCUCCCACCUGCUUCGAAUAUUCCUCCUCAGGAAAAUCCUUCUGAGUUCUGCCCUGCUCCUCCCCCAGGCUUCCUUCCUGUGGGAUUCUCCGCCCUUGUUCCUCCUCCAGCUGCGGCGUCUUCAGCCUACCCUGCCCCUGUGUACCAAGGGCCUCCAAACCCCUACCCCAACAAGUUUCCCCCCAGAGCGGCGACAUGUUAUUUCUGUGAGGAGGGGCGGGAGCGGCUCAACCACAAGGCACCCGCACCCUACUACCUGACAUCGCUGUAG